UGCUAGGAGAUGCGAAGGUCGCUGAAGCAAGGACAGUUGGCAUCUAGCCGGCCCAGCCCACGGAUUUCAAGUAGAGAGCUCGAACACGUUUGCGACCGCCUGUCCACUGGCAUCUCCGGCCUCUCCAGCUCGGCUGAGCGAGGGUAACCACCGAGAGCUGGCCGAGGGAAAUAAUUGGUAAUAAGACCUGUGUAGCCAUGGCUAGUUCUGACGUGAAACCAAAAUCAAUAAGUCGUGCCAAAAAAUGGUCAGAAGAGAUAGAAAAUCUGUACAGAUUUCAACAAGCAGGAUAUCGGGAUGAAAUUGAAUAUAAACAAGUGAAACAAGUUUCUAUGGUAGAUCGAUGGCCAGAGACUGGCUAUGUGAAGAAACUUCAGAGAAGGGACAAUACUUUUUAUUACUACAACAAACAGAGGGAAUGUGAUGACAAAGAAGUCCACAAAGUGAAAAUUUAUGCUUACUAGCUCUUCUUUGUAUUACUUAACAAUUUUUCAUUGUUUCUAUUCUACAUCAUGUAAAUGCUUGUCAUUUUACAAAAUAAUUCCAAAUGCAGUCUUCCAUUUAAAGUUUUGAAACACAGAAACCAUGCAACUUAUCGACUGAUCAUCCUGUCCUGCUCUAAAAUAUAACUGCAGAAGUAUUAAACUUGUACCCUUGUUGAUUCAUCCUCUUACUGACCAUUUUAACUAUGGUAGAGUAAACAUUAUGCUUGGGGGGAACUAGCCCCCCUUGAAACAAUCCCAUUGAUUAGUCUACUGAUCUGUUUUCUUACAGUAGAUUAGUACCACACUCCAAGCCCCUGGUUGUCUUUAUCUCUUUACUAGAACAUCAUUUGAACUACUAAGAUCUGCCUGAGAGUCUUGCCUCUGAGUUCUUUGCCUCUUGCUGGGCAAACCAGAAAUGCCAAAAAUAAUGUCUGCUUGGGAGUAGUUUCUGCCAAUGACUGAUGGGGGGAGUAGAUGUAUAAGUCCCCCACAACCUGGUAGCACAGGAGGAAUAAGUCUGAAGUGUGUCUUUUACACUGACUGCCAGGCUUUCCCCAGUAGGAUUAAAGUUUCAGUCAUCCACAUAAUCUGACUGGAUAAAAUAUUCCACUGGGCACCUCCCUGUUUUGCCACUUUGCCCAUUUUCUACCAGUGUAUUUCCCUCCUGAACAAUUUCCCUACAAGUGAAGCCUUCCUUGCAAGUCCUUGUCACAUGGUCAUCUUCUGGGUUCCUCCAUAUAAGCAACUUGCAUUCCAUUACUGCCUGGAUUACUGCAGAAGCAACCUAUGUGUUAAUGAGCACAGAAGUCAUUGUUCCCGUUUAGGCCUUAAGAAGUCCUCUUCUCAAAAAUUAGUGAGUCUUAAAUCUGAAAGUGAACUGGACGAAAGGUAUCUUUCUAAGUUUACUUUUUCACUAAGAUUUUUUUGAUCACCAUUUACAAGUUAUGACCUUUAAAUUUUUGAAUAGAGGUUCAUAUCUAUCAAUUAAUUCAAUUUUAGCCCCCAUUUUUCAGAACCACUGUCUUUACCAUAAAGUCCCAUUUCUCUAAUUCAAAUAUGCCUGUUCAGCAGUCUUUUCUAACAAGCACAUCAUAAAAAGAAUAGGGUGGCAAGCUUCUUUUGUGUCUUUCCCAGUGCUUUCUGGAAUCAGCUUAUUUACCACAUCUUUCAUUUUUCUGUACCUCUCUGGUCAUAGGUGCUGUGUAUAAGAGGUUUUUUCAAUCUGAUACCUUUUUUUGUCCAAUAAAACAUACCAUGAUAGGCAGAAUAAUUGUCCUCCCUACCCCCAAAAUUGUCCAUGUCCUUGCCCUUAGAAUCUGUGAAUAUGUUACCUCACAUGGCAAAAGAAGUUUUUAAAUAAUUAGAGAUCUUGAGUUGGAGAAAUUAUCCUGGAUUAUUUGAGUGAACCCAAUGUAAUCACACAGGUCCUUAUAAGAGGGCAAGAGGUGAUUAGAGAAAAGAGACUUGAUGAUGGAAGAUGUCUGUCUGAGUGGUGCGAGGAGGGAGACAAAAGCCCUAGAAGGCUUAAAACCUCUUGAAUCUGGAAAAGGCAAGGACACAGAUUCGCCCUCCUGUGUCUCCAGAAAGAACACCACCUGCUUUUACCAAACAGGAUCUAUUUCAGACUUCUGGCCUUCAAAACUCUAGAAGAAUAAAAGAGUGUUGUUUUCCUGCCUCAGUUUGUGCUAAUUUGUUAACAACAAUGUCAAAACAGAGAACAGAUGAAAUCAAUAAUUAUUCAUCAUCUUGAAAUCAACAUAGUGUUAUGAAUCUUGAAGUCAACAUAGUAUCAAUCAUGAUCACUGUCUGCCAUAUUUUGACCAUAGAACAUAUUUUGUUACAGAUAAGAGCAGUUUCAAUAAAUUGGUUAAGCAAU